AUGAUGCAGAAGGUCUCUCGCGGGGAGUUCUCCCAGAAGGAGAAUUCCCCCCUCCUCGGCGGCUACUGGACAACAGGGGACAAGUCGAGCAGCACUCAUGACCUCGUGGAGCGAAUGCAGUACCUGUAUGUCCGCGUCGUCAAAGCCAAGGAUCUGCCAUCGAUGGAUAUCACCGGAAGCUGUGACCCCUAUGUGGAAGUGAAACUCGGGAACUACAAGGGCACUACCCGCCACUUCGAGAAGAAGACGAAUCCCGAGUACAAUCAGGUGUUUGCCUUCUCCAAGGACCGCAUCCAAGCUACUACGGUCGAGGUUGUGGUGAAGGACAAGGACCUAAUCAAGGAUGAUUUCGUCGGCAAGGUGACCUUCGAUCUCAAUGACGUCCCCAAACGGGUUCCUCCAGACAGCCCGCUGGCUCCGCAGUGGUACAGAUUGGAAAAUCAGAAGGGGGAGAAGGUCAAAGGGGAGAUCAUGCUCGCGGUUUGGAUAGGCACCCAGGCUGAUGAGGCGUUCACAGAGGCGUGGCAUUCAGAUGCGGCCAACAUUCCUGGCGAUGGUGUUGGCAAAAUCCGACCGAAGGUGUACCUCUCCCCCAAGCUCUGGUAUCUGCGGGUUAAUGUGAUCGAAGCCCAGGACCUGCAACCCAAAGAUAAGGGCAGAUUUCCUGAGCUUUUCGUCAGGGCUGUUCUUGGGAAUCAAGCCCUUAAGACCAAGACCCCCCAUGUCAAGAAUGUUAAUCCCUUGUGGAAUGAGGAUGUGAUGUUUGUGGUGGCCGAGCCUUUCGAAGAGCACCUGGUUUUAACCGUGGAGGACAGAGUGGAGGCCAACAAAGAAGAAGUCCUAGGCAAGGCCAUGAUACACCUGCAGAGCGUGGACAAGAGGAUGGAUAACAAGCCCGUGAGCAGCAGGUGGUACCAUCUCGAGAAGCCCGGUGGUGGAUCUGAGGAGGGGGAGAAGAAGGAGACCAAAUUCUCCAGCCGAAUUCACCUCCGCAUAUGCUUGGAAGGUGGUUACCACGUCCUGGACGAGUCAACCCAUUACAGCAGCGACUUCAGGCCAUCGGCCCGGCAGCUGUGGAAACCGAGCAUCGGGGUCCUGGAAUUGGGCAUCUUGUCAGCGCAGGGGCUGCUGCCCAUGAAAACUAAGGAUGGUCGAGGCAGCACCGACGCCUACUGUGUCGCCAAGUAUGGCCAAAAGUGGGUGCGCACAAGUACCAUCUUGAGCAGCUUCUCCCCCAAAUGGAAUGAACAGUACCACUGGGAGGUCUACGAUCCCUCCACCGUCAUCACCAUCGGAGUCUUCGACAAUUCCCAGCUUCAGGGUGGCGACGACAACAAGGAGGCCGCCAAGGACUUGAAGAUCGGUAAGGUCAGGAUUCGGCUUUCCACACUGGAGGCCAAUCGGGUCCACAAACAUUCCUACCAGCUCUUGAUACUGCAACCCACGGGGUUGAAGAAGAUGGGGGAGCUCCAGUUGGUGGUCCGCUUCGCGUACUCCUCACUGGUCAACCUGAUGUACAUCUACUCCCAGCCGCUGCUCCCGAAGAUGCACUACCUCCACCCGCUGUCGGUCACCCAGCUCGACACUCUCCGCCACCAGGCCACCCACAUCGUGUCGACACGGCUGGGCCGGGCCGAGCCGCCGCUGCGCAAGGAGGUGGUGGAGUACAUGCUGGACGUUGACUCCCACAUGUGGAGCAUGCGGAAGAGCAAGGCCAACUUCUUCAGGAUCAUGGGGGUGCUUGGCGGGCUGAUUGCGGUGGCCCGGUGGUUCAAUCAGGUCUGCCAUUGGAAGAACCCAUUGACCACGGUGCUGAUCCACAUCCUCUUCUUCAUCCUGGUGAUGUACCCGGAGCUGAUCCUCCCAACGAUCUUCCUCUACCUGUCCAUGGUGGGGAUCUACUACUUCAGAUUCAAGCCGAGGCAUCCUCCCCAGAUGGACGUACGGCUUUCUCACGCAGAGAGUGUGCACCCAGAUGAACUGGACGAGGAGUUCGACUCGUUCCCUGUGAGCCGCCCACCAGAGAUCGUCCGCUCAAGGUAUGACCGAUUGAGGAGCAUUUCAGGGAAGAUACAGACGGUGGUUGGGGACAUGGCGACGCAGGGGGAGAGGGUGCAUGCGCUGCUCAGCUGGAGGGACCCGAGGGCCACCUCUCUCUUCCUCACCUUCUGCCUCAUCGCCUCUGUUUUCCUCUACGUCACCCCCUUCACUGUGGUGGUCUCCUUUCUCGGCUUGUACUCUCUCAGGCAUCCCAGGUUUCGCUCCAAGCUCCCCUCUCCGCUCCUCAGUUUCUUCCGGCGAUUGCCCGCAAGAACCGACAGCAUGUUGUGA